GCCAUCUGGGCCUGAAGCUUUCCUCAGAACACUUGUAAUUAAGAGUGUAUUAUAACGGUUUUGAUGUAGCAGACUGAAUAUGUCGAGUAAAAGGUAAAUAUGCAACUGUGGGUCUAAAAUGGGUGGGGCUUUGCUGUACGGAAGUUGUUAUAAAUAUAUAUAUAUAUAUAUAUUUAGAUUAUUUAAAUUUUUCAUUCUGUAUUUUCAAUACAGCUAUUAACGUGUUAUUAUCCAAGUAUAAAUUGUUGUUCAGACAAAUGGUUCAGACAUCACGUGGUAGUUGUUACUUUUCUCAGCGCUGGACAGGAAAUUGUUAAAUUGUUUUAUAAAGAUAAUUGAGGCGGAUUUACAUUCCAGCAGGUGGCAUGGUGGUGCCAUCUAAAACUUUCAUGAUUAUGCGCAUUAUUGGAACUAAUUCUGUUUAUACACUCCCUAACACAAUAGUGUGUACUAACUUCCAUUCUGAAAAGAACAGCAGCAUCCGCUACAGAAAUUCAGACGGCUUUUAUGGUUAUAAAUGGUGAUUGUAGGGUUGCUACCCGUUCCGUAAAAUACGGGAUCGUCCCGUAUUUGAUACGGGACGCGAUUUGCGGUCAGAUGGCGUCACGGUGAAAUCGUUCCAGAUCGCUAAUUUAACAUUGCUAUAAGUUGGAAAAUGUGCCUAUGGUGGGUAAAGGACAGUCCAAAAAGUCCACAAAUGGUGCUAAAACUGUGUGUGUGUUUAUAUAUAUAUAUAUAUAUGUUCAGUAAGAUCAAACAAUAUAUGAAUAAAAUCACUGAGUCAUAAGGAUAAGUACAGGUGAAGGAAGAAGAAGAAAAAUACGUAUAAACCAACCAAAAUGUAUACAUAAAUAAGAUAAAGGAGACAAAUAAUCGAAAAGAUAAAAAUACAUAUAUUUUUAACAUAUAAAAAGUGUAUUUUUAUUUUUUUUAUAAGUCAGGGGUCAGGAAAGUUCUAAUUUUAGCAUAUAAGAAAUGAUAUAACAUUUUUAUUAAUAACGCAUAUUAACUAAAACUGUGGAGGAUGUGGUGAGGGGCCAUGACCCCCCACCCCCCAAUUUAAGUUUCACUUAUUUUAAAACUUCAAAAGUGGCAACCACAGUCUCUAUGGUAAUGUGUUGGCUUCUAUUGGUGGAACCAUUAGGCAACAUACAGUAUCAGGGACAUUCCAGAAUUGGAGGGCAAUUUGGGCAUCAAUACUCUUCCAAAUUUGACUUUUCAAAUUUUUUGUCAUGUAUUUUAAGAAAAGGGGUAAUAAACCUUUAGAAAACUGUAUUCGUUCAGCUUAGGUGUCAAAUAUAAAUUUGAAACCUUUUAAGAAAACUGAUGAGGGUGUAACCCUGUGACUCAGAAAAUGGUAACAGGAUUGCACACUAAUGAUAAUAUUAGCAGUUUCUCAAGGAUCGAUGCUAAUUUGGGAACGUAACGUCAAUGUCAAGAUCAUGACAGUCAUAUUUGUUAAAUAAACAAAGAAAACUUUGAAGUAAGUACUCUUUUAUACUGAAUAUUAGUAACAGGGUUGAAUUGUUUAGAUUGACGAAGGCAACCAAUGUUGAACAGAUUAUACAAAUAUUGAAAAUGGAAGAAUUAAAUUACUUUUCUUCUGGCCAUGCUGUUAGCAAAUUUCUUGAUGAUGUAAUUCCCUGUUUGCCAUGUGACCUAUUGUUUUUCUAUUUCCUUUGUCAGGCUAGAUUGGUUUCGGUAACCGGGUUGAGCACAAUGGGACACAACUUAAAUGCAAUAUUUCUAAUAUUUUAAAUAAAUUAAUAAAUUAUAGUGUUUUUUUUACACCAUUAAAAGACACAUAUCAACCACAUCAUUCCAAAAAAAUAAAAGUAAAUAAAUAACACUCAUUUUAACUAUAUUUGACAUACAAUUUGGUCAUUAACAAGAUGGGACAAGGAAAAAUAGCUGUUUUAAGGUGUUUGCUUGAAUUUUAAUAUAUUUUUUUAAUAUUAUUUUUUAAAAUGUAUAUUAGCAAUUUAUUUUAAGACGGCUUCAUUGUAGACAGCAAGUACAUUUGUUCAGUAUUCUGAGCAUUCUGAGCAUCUGCUCUUUGAAAAUUUGUGGCCGGGACAGAAAAUGUCUUCCAAUACUGGAAUGUCCCAUCUGUAAUGGAAACCAAUACAAAGUAUUAAAUCCUGAUGGAAUAUGGAACAAAACACACCUCACUUGUGUUUGCAUUUGUAAUGGAAAUCAUAGACCUUAUUCAUGCUAGCGUCAUCUUUGAUUUUGAAUGGGAAUAACAGCGAGGCUGUGAAUAGACUUACAGUCUCUUCAAUGGGCUGUACAGCAGUUUAAAGUGUUUUUGGAUUGUUUCCAGAAAAAAACAUUGAUAAAAUAUCUGGCCAAGAACAUUCAGUAUACAAAGAACUCCAGACAACAUGAGUUGUGGAAAAUCAGAUGUGAUCUAGCAGCUUUAUACUGAUCAUGACAUUGAAGAGCCUGUAAGUCUAUCCCUCACAGCUUCGUGAUGACGCUAGAGUGAAUAAGGUCUAUUAGAAUUUCUAUUGUUUUGGGGGGUUUUCAGCAGGGAAUUACACUUCAGAUGAUGAUAGUAGUUAUUAAGACCUCUCAGUGUCAGCAUAAGUAUGUAGGCAUAAUGUUAUAACCAGUCAAUAAUGGAACACAUGAGGUCACUGUAGAAACAAAGUGUAGGCCUACAUAGUGCUAAUACAUUUUUCUUCCUAAAUUUUGAAUACAUUGUAAGUCGCUUUGUAUAAAAGCUGCCAAAUGCAUAAUUGAAAUUGUAGAAAGGUAUGAGCGAUGGGUCUAGAUGCAGCUAAUGAACUUUAGACUUUAGCUAUUCUAAAUGAGGAUGUUACUUCUAUAGUUAUUAUGUUAACCCUCCUAUUGCGUUCAAAAUCUGCAUACACUUUUUGCAUUUGCGGGUCAAUUUUGACCCGGUGGAGUUUUAAGCUUAUAAAACAUUUGUAAUCCAAUUGUUUUCAUCAAAAACCAUAUUGUAGCUCAUUGUUAACUUCUUAGCUGUUCAUAAAUGUAAAAAGAUCUAUAUUUUUGGCAUGUUAACUGAAGUUGUUAUUAUGUAUGAUGUCAGUUUUUUUAUUAAAAAAAAAUGUGAUAUUCUUUAACAUUUCAAAAUAUACAUUAACUACAGCCAAACCAGUGUGAUACAUGUGAAGAUAUCUUUUUUAUCAAGGUUUAUAUAAAAUUUCAUUUGAAUAUAACAUUGCAUUAAAUUUAUAUAAAUAUUUAAAUUGAGAGUUUCUAGUAAUUCUCCUGUUAACUUCCAUAUUAAUUAAUUGCUCAGUACUGCUGAAAAACAACUCAUUUGACUACUCAGUAGUCAAAAUCUACGCAACCAAAUAAUUUUUUUUCCAACCAAACAACAUCGAAACAAGUAUACAACAUGAUUACACAACAUAUGUACUUGUAUACAAUGUUUUUAAACUAAAUUUACUCUGUUUAAGGCAUGAACUUAAAGUGUGAUUAUGCUGCAAGCUGGUUCAUUAUCAGAUCAGUCUGUACAGAAUGGUAGAGUAAAAUGUAGACUUUUCUCCCUUCAUCCCUAAUUCAGACUAUGUAUGCUUGAACUUUUGCUCUUGCCACACCUCCCUUUAGGAAGUUUUUCCUUUGAUAUAGAUUAUUUGUUAUGUUGGUUAAUCUAUUUUGUCAGUUCUGUGUGCGAGUGUGCGUGAAACUGUAUGUGUGUGUGUGUGCAUGUUUGUAAACAAAAUCAAAAUUGACCUGGGAACGCAAAAAAUUUAACAGUUUUAUAAAAAUGGUUACAUCUCUUAAAUAAUUUCUUUUAAAAAUCUGAAAAAAUAAAUAAAUAAUAAUUAUGUUCAUUUUGUUAGUCUUGACAAAGUUUGGUUCUCGUACGAAAAACUAUGUGGUAAGCUAUAUAAAAAUCAUGAUUUAACUCAACCGGGUCAAAAUGACCCAAAUGCAAUAGGAGGGUUAAGCUAAUAACAACAUAUUUAAACUAACCCUAACAAUCAUUAGCCACCCCCAUGCUUCACGGUUGGGAUGGUGUUCUUCGGUUUGCAAGCCUCAUCCUUUUUCCUCCAAACAUAACGAUGGUCAUUAUGGCCAAACAGUUCAAUUUUUGUUUCUUUAGACCAGAGGACAUUUCUCCAAAAAGUAAGAUCUUUGUUCCCAUGUGCACAUGCAAACUGUAGUCUGAUUUUUUUAUGGCGGUUUUGGAGCAGUGGCUUCAUCUUUGCUGAGCAGCCUUUCAGGUUAUGUCGAUAUAGGACUCGUUUUACUGUUGAUAUAGAUACUUGUUUACCUGUUUCCUCCAGCAUCUUCACAAGGUCCUUUACUGUUGUUCUGGGAUUGAUUUACACUUUUCACACCAAACUACAUUCAUCUCUAAGAGACAGAAUGCGUCUCCUUCCUGAACGAUAAGAUGGCUGCAUGGUCCCAUGGUGUUUGUACAGAUAAACGUGGUACCUUCAGGCAUUUGGAAAUUUCUCACAAGGAUGAACCAGAUUUGUGGAGGUCCACAAUUUUUUUCUGAGGUCUUGGCUGAUUUCUUUUGAUUUUCCAAUGAUGUCAAGCAGAGGCACUGAGUUUGAAGGUAGGCCUUAAAAUACAUCCACAGGUACACUCCAACUGACUCAAAUUAGCCAAUUAGCCUAUAAGAAGCUAAUUGGCUAAUUGUCUAAAGGCCUGACAUAAUCUUCUGGAAUUUUCCAGAAGCUGCUUAAAGGCACAGUUAACUUAGUGUAUGUAAACUUCUGACACACUGGAAUUGUGAUAUAGUCAAUUAAAAGUUAAACAAUCUGUCUGUAAUCAAUUGUUGGAAAAAUUACUCAUGUCAUGCACAAAGUAGAUGUCCUAAACAACUUGCCAAAACUAUAGUUUGCUAAUAUUAAAUCUGUGGAAUGGUUAAAAAAAUUAGUUUUUAUGACUUCAGCUUUAGUGUAUGUAAACUUCUGAUUUCAACUGUACAUGACCAUCUGCUCUUUGUGCUUAGUUGUAAUGAAUAAUUUCCUCUAAAAUUGUAAAUGCUCCAUUGUUCCUGAUGUGUCAUUUUGUAAGUUUGCAAGUUGAUUUGUACUCAUAAGAAGUUUUUUUUAUGGUCUGAAAAAUAUAUGGAUUCUAUUGUACACUUUUGGGAUUAGAAAUAAAAAUAAAAAAAAGAAGAUUUUCCAUAAUCUAUUGCUCGUUGCACCCAACUUGUGAAUUCAUGUUUAUUUAAUGGAUUUCAAUUCAUUUGGGUCAUGACCCUCAGGAUCAUCAAUGGUAGAGUUUUCUUGGGUCAGCAGGGGGGUCAAAAGGUGGUUAAAAUGUGGAUUCACUUGUUUGCAUUAUGUUCCCGUGACAACACAUCCUGUGCAGUGAUCUUAGACGUGUAUCCCUCUCAGUAAGGUGCAGCAGACCAUUGUUCCAUUAACCCCUGGCCAAAUAUUGCCAAGUUACACCGAUUUGACGCAGUCAUUUCAAGGUGGUUUAGUGAGCACAGGUCAAACAAACUUUGAUGCCAGUUCAUGAAUCACAGUGAUGAACAAUGAAAAAGAGGAGAGUAAAACAAAAGAAUUAGAAUAUGAUUCAUCAUUCAUUGCAACUUUUUGCUGUUGCCCAUGGCCCGUAAAAAGCCACACCUUCAUCCAUGAUGGAAUGCCUCUGGAUAAAAGCUCUUCAAAUGAAACUUUACACUUCAUUCACCAUCAGUACCACUCUACACAAGAGGCUCACAGUGACUUCAGAUUCACCCAGAGGAAUACUUAAUUAUUCAGUGAAUUUGAGCUGAUUUUUGAGACUUUGGUGUUCGACAUCAUUCAGAAAUUGAGUUUCUUCAGGAUGGGGCGGACUGGGUUACUUUACACUGGGGCAGCAUUUUGCAUCAUGCUUUUUGUUGCAUCAAGUGCUCAGCCCAUCACCAUUUCAGAUAUUCUUCAAGCAAUCCAGUCAGCCCCAAAGAUCUACCCCAUGCCUACAUAUUUAUUCUCCCUCUGUGUGGAGAUCACCAACCGCAUCUUCAGUGACUCACUCCUCAACCCGGCCACUAAAGAGUACAAGCAGAUGUAUGCAGAGGUGGUUGGAGCUCUGGACAUUAUCUUUAAUUGCUCUUCCUGCGAGACAAGAAACACCUACAGAGGAGUGACAGGCAUGCGGUUCAGUAAGGGGUCUGUGAUCGCAAAUUGCACCAUAUCAUUUAAGACCAUUUUUAUCAACAACAUUGUGGUCAAAAAUUUGUUUCUUUCGGCCAUUGAAAAAAAUCCUCAACCAAACGGGCUUGAAUUGAACAAACAGUUCACCGGUGAAACAGUCACACCUAUUUGGUAUUAUCCAAAGACAGAAGCUUCAACAACUUCUAUGUCUAGAACAACUCACUCUGCAACAACUCAUUCUGCAAUCAAGGACAUAGGUGGGGCCAGCAAAAUGCCAGCAGGAACUACAUCUUCCACAUCAAAAGAAUCUUCUGGGCAACAUACCACCACCAAACGGGGAAGUGGCACUCAGCCCGUCGUCCUGCCCAUUGCCACUGACCCACUGAUGCACCACAAUUAUUAUGGGGUUCCCGGUUGGGCCAUUGCUUUGCUGGUGCUGGCUUGCAUCAUUCUACUGCUUCUCCUCAUCCUCAUUAUAUUACUGAUAUGUUGUUGGUGCUGCAGGAGGAAACACAAAAAGGAAGAAACUACAAAGCUGACAGAACCUGCACCUUAUGAGAGAACGUCUUUUAAAGAACAUCUCGCCAAUCCCCCAUACAAUCCACACGCUCUCCAGAAGGACCAAAACCUCCCAGUCUUUCAGGGCGAACCGGGGGGGCAACCGCCCAGGGAUGUAUAUGCUGAACCCAGGCAGAUGUUAACCAGGACACCACUGUAAUAGAGAGCCAUGGAGAAACAGAUGCAUAUGAAGGUUCAGAAUGGUACAGAAGAUGCUGGACUCUUCUGCAAUGGUUCUGCAAUGUGGACCUUGUAAAGUGUCAUCAUUACCAUGUAGAAAAUAAAGUAUUAUACUCAGCUAUUACAAUGAAUGUACUGCUUUUGAAAUAUUUAUUGCUGUAUUAUUUAUAAAGCACAAAUAUGGGAAUUAUGGGUCUGUGAUCUUUUGCUUCUUAAUGUGUAGGGGAUACAGGGGCUACCUGUCACACUAUUUACUCCAGUGAUUUUUUCACAGGCAAGGUUUAUUUUUUAGUUUUGUUUUGUUAGUUUUGUUUAGUAUUUUUAUAAAGAAGUCGUGCUACACAGCAUAUUUGAAAUUAAAAUAUAUUAGGCAAUUUCAAAGCUUUCCAGCAUUAUUUAAAUAGUAAAGCAAUUAUGAAGCACAAUUAAUUUUGUAAAACUAAAAUGAUAUAUGAUUUAAAAGUUAACAAACAGAAAUAGAAAACCAUUGUUUUAGCCAACAGAAACUGCAAUUAAUAAAUUGGCAAAUAAAUAUUUAUGUGGUAACUUAUCCUGACCUGACCUGAGACCAUAGUUCUACCUUUCUGUUAGAAUUUACCUUCAUAAUAGAACUGACCAUUUCCUUAAUGAAUCAAAGUAUGGUUUUAGUGUGUUCACUUGUUUACCCAUGAUCUGCAACAAAAAUAUGAAGAGUAGAAUUCAAAUUCUGAACUAUAAGUGUUUGAAAUCAGCCUACAAACAUCACUGCUAGAGAAAAUAAGCAUUAAUGUAAUGAAGUUUUGACUUUAAAACACUUACUGAUAUUUAGCCCUUGUGAAAAUUUCCCAAAUAUGACAACUAGCCCCAGUCUCCCCAAUAUAUUAACUCUUAUAUACAGUAACUCUUGCCUAAGUAAGCCUCAUGUACAGGCUGUGGUUAAAGAGUAGAGCUCUUUAAUUCACAAGGCUCAUCUGACUGAGGAAUUUAAAGGCUAUAUUUUUGAUACUAUAAGCAGUGGUCUACUUUUUUGUAUCUCCUGAUUUCAAGGCAUUAAAUGUCAUGCCAUUUGUAUUGCAUUCAUAUUGUCAUAAACACUCAUGUAUACUUUCUGUGGGAAAAUCUGUUGAGAUAUGUUAUCAAGCAACUUACAAAAUUCUGAAAUACCAUAUUACCAAUUAAAAAUGUAUUCAUCAUAGCAACACUUAAUA